AGCACAAACCCAAAACCCCUCUGCCUUCAGACCCAAAAUCGCAAACUUUAUACCCUCGAAUCAUCUUCUUCAUUGCAAAGAAGAGCUCCAAUCGGAGGCCCAAUUGAUCUUUUCUUGUUGCUGAGUGACAGUGUGUACUAUGCUCGUGAGCCACAUUCUCGUGUCCCCUCUCAGAUGGGUCCCCAAGAAUCAUCCGAGACCACGGAGCUCGAAGUGUCGGUGAGUCUGCCUUCGAAAACUCCAGUCAUCGACUGCGAGAUCAAUCCGUUCAUAGAUGUCAAGAGCCCAGGGUCUCAAAUAGUCCCAGUACCGCAUUCACUGGCUUGCAACUGGUACCGCGAACAGUUUACUUGUUCUGUCCACCAUGGUAAGUUGAGUACCUUUCAGUGCGUGUCCUGUGUAGAAUUGGAUUUACCACCCAAGGAGAGUUAUCAUUGCUCUUCAAGGUGUUUCUUAGAUUCGUGGAAAAUACAUAGGGUGCGUCAUCACAAUGCAGCUGAAGCUGUCUGUAGAAAUUUAACUGGCAAUAAACAAUCAGUUAGAGAGCUCAGGAGUUCUGGUUCUUGGCCUGCCUUCGGUGAUGCCUCAUUACUUCAUCAGAGUGCAAUGGUGGUAGAACGAGAAGGCAAAGAAUGGAUUAAGGUGGGAUCCUCAAAAGCUUAUGUACCCACAAUGGAUGAUGUUGGUUUAAGAUUGAGGCUGGAAUCUGCAGCUGUAGACUGUUCGCAGGGUAUUCAUUUGUCUCCAGUUAAUAUGAUAGUGACUGAUCCUGUGAUUACUCCUCCAUCUGCUCCUCAUCGUCAUAUGGUCCAAAUUAGACAUCUGCAGAAAUCUUCUGAUGAUGUAGUGUUUACUGUGCUAUCCUAUAAUGUCCUUUCUGAUCUGUAUGCUACCGGAAAGAUCUAUGAUUACUGCCCAGCAUGGGCUCUUUUAUGGGGCUACCGUCGACAGAAUUUGCUCCGUGAGAUUAUUAAAUAUGGUGCAGAUAUCCUUUGUCUUCAAGAGGUGCAGAGUGAUCAUUUUGAAAAUUUCUUUGAGCCUCAGCUGGCAAAAUGUGGGUACUCAGCUGUGUACAAGGAAAAGACCCAAAGGGUUUAUACAGGCAAACGGUAUGUAAGUGAUUGGUGCGCAACAUUCUACCGUAGGGAUCUAUUCAAAGAAAUUAAGAAAUAUGAGAUUGAGUUUAGAAAAACAGCAUUGUCAGUGGUUGAAGCUUUGAAGCCUGAAGACAGAAAUUCCGCCCGCAUCCACCUGGCAAAGGACAAUAUUGCACUUGUCGUUGUAUUAGAAAAAAUGCAAAAAGGCAGCACCACUGAUGCCAUUCAAACUCGCAUUUGUGUGGCCUUUUAUCAUCAGGCAAACACCCACAUAUCUGCAAAUCCAAAACAUCCAGAUGUAAAAUUAUUUCAGGUUGCAAACCUUGUAAAUGGACUUGAGAAAAUUGCCCAGUCACAAAUUCCUCUACUAUUGUGUGGGGAUAUCAACUCUCUUCCUCAAAGUGAUCCUCAUACCUUCAUAGUCAGUGGCAGAAUUAACCGUACUCGUGCAAGGGAGGAUGAUUCAAAUGGUAUAUAUCAGCAUCUCAAGCUUUAUCAUUCAUUGUGUCUGUUAAGUGCAUAUGCAUCCUCCUGUCAGUCAGAUCUCGGAACCAAGGAGCCGGUAUUCACUCACGUUACGCGAGAUUUCUGUGGAACCUUAGAUUACAUAUUCUACACAGCGACGGAUAUGAUUCUUGAAGGUUUGUUGGAACUUCCGUACCUUGAAAGCACUGAACCUAGCCUUCCAUCACCUAUUUGGUCUUCAGAUCAUAUUGCUCUCAUGGCAAGAUUCAGACUCAAACGACCUUCCCGCUGGAGACCAGACCCACUACCUCUUCCUCUAAACCCGUGGCAGUAAUUAAGCAGUAGUACUACAUUGGCAGAGUAGUUCCGUUGGCCAGAGAGUUAUAGCAGGCAGUAUGUAAAUGCGGUUCUGUCUCAACGAUCUUUAUGGUUGGUCCAUUUUUUGAAGUUUCAUCAUAUGAUAAAACUUUGGUAUAUAAUUACUGAAAAAUGGUGA